UGGCUGCAUCAGGCGCUUCGUCGUCGCCUCCCCAAUUUCGCUUUUGCCUGCUCUCUCUCAGAUUGCUCGUUUCUCCGUCAUGUGAAUAGAAUUGUUUAUUUGGGUCCCCAUUGUCUACGAUUUCUGACUGAAGCGGAGGUUUUAACGACAGAAACAUUGCCUCUGGGUAGGUCACAUGGGGCCUGAGUUUGAAUCCAGGCUCUGAGAGUUGGAGGCCUGGACGUUGAGUUCGGGAUUUGGUUGUGUGGUCUCGUCGUGCAAGAGUCUGCGGCCUUGGUAUGAAUUUGACGAUCAAGAGUUAGAGAGGGUUUUAUAGGUCUUGGUGAUGACGCCUCUUCAUGAAACCCAAUAGAAUGUAGCAACUUUUGCUCAGUUUUUUGAGCCACGCGGACUCGUAUAGAUUUAUUUUAUUUUAUUUUAUUUUUCCUUUUGACGUCAAUAAAAUUGCUCGUUUGUAUGGUCUCUUAGCGCAGUUUGAGAGCACGUUUAAUUUUGCGGAAUUGUGAGACGUUGGCAUUGGGUUUUGUACUGGGUUGUGUGUCGUGUGUGGGUUGUGGGGUUUGAAUUUGAAGUAGAUGAGUUGUUUUGACUGAAUUUGUGAAUUGGUUUGGAAGUGAGGAGGCAAUAUGGAGUUAAGCACAAUUAAAAUGACAAUCAUAAGGGCUGCACCGCCGUUAGCAAGAGGGAGUAUAGUGCGGAAAGCUGAUGCUUACCCAUGCUUUCGCUCUCUGCCUCACGCCGGGUCCCUCCUUGUCUCUGCUAGAUUUCCCUCUGGUUUGUUAGGACCUGAAUCUCAUGGUAGAUCAUCGCAAAGGAGAUCUAAUUUUGUUGCGGAGAGUACUGAUAAAUCAUUCAGAAGCUCAAAUUCUUUCAGAUCUUAUCACUGUAGCUCGAUAGAUGAAACCUUCUUCAAGCUAAGAUUUGGCUUGAGAAAUGGUGGCAUCAGCAGCGCCGGUGGAAGAAGGCAUGGAAUUAGGGUUCCUAGAUCAACAGAGAAUGGAGGAGGGGAGAAAGGGGGAGGCGAAUCUACAUCUACAGCGACUGAGGAAUUGGAGAAAGAGAAAGACCCCAACUCCUCUGAUGCAUCAACUACUCCUUCCACUCUCCAACCUGCAGACGAUUCAUCUCAAACUGUACCAGUCAAUGUGCAAUUAGACGCGUUUCGGUUAGUGGAGUUGAUUGGCCCAGAGAAAGUUGAUCCAGAGGAUGUGAAAGUUUUUAAGGAGAAAUUGUGUGGUUAUACAACAUACUGGAUGACCGGGCAAGAACCCUUCGGAGAUUUAGGUGAAGGUGUGCUUCUUCUUGGAAAUUUGAGAGGGAAACGCGAAGAUGUUUUUGCUAAGUUGACGAAGGGUGUGCGCGAGUUAUUCGGCUCAAAAUAUGAUCUAUUUAUGGUGGAGGAGCCCAAUGCUGAAGGAGAGGAUCCCAGGGGUGGACCUAGAGUCAGCUUCGUCUUGCUCAGGAAGGAGGUCUCGGAUCCAGGUCCGACAACACUGUGGCAAUACGUUAUAGCUGCAAUAUUGUGUGCUCUCACGGCAGGUUCCUGCCUUGAGCUCGGCAUUGCAUCCCAGUUAUCGAGGCUUCCACCAAACGUUGUUCAGUAUUUCACGAAUCCAGAAUCGAUAGAACCUCCUGAUCUGCAAGUGCUGGUGCCAUUUGUAGACGCUGCGCUUCCUCUUGCAUACGGGGUUUUUGGGGUUCAGGUUUUUCAUGAGGUGGGGCACUGGCUAACAGCAACACCCAGGGGGGUGAAAAUGGGAAUUCCCUAUCUUGUUCCCAACAUCACCUUGGGGAGUUUCGGCGCAGUCACCCAGUUCAAAUCUAUAUUGCCAGACAGAAGGGCAAAAUUUGAUAUCUCAUUAGCAGGCCCUUUAGCAGGGGGAAUACUGUCCCUUUCAAUGCUGGGGGUAGGACUUUUGCUAUCUGUGAGUCCAGAGGCCUCUGAUGAGCUUAUACAAGUCCCUAGCUUGUUGUUUCAAGGUUCUCUCCUUUUGGGAACUAUUAGCCGAGCAGUCCUUGGUUACGAUGCCAUGCAUGCCGCAACUGUUUCCAUACAUCCGCUUGUAAUUGCAGGCUGGUGUGGGCUAACCACGACUUCUUUCAAUCUGAUGCCGGUAGGCUGUCUUGAUGGUGGCCGCGCUAUGCAGGCAGCAUUUGGGAAAACAGCUCUGAAUGUGUUUGGACUUCUGACAUACCUGAUGCUUGGGCUUGGAGUGCUUGGAGGUCCUCUAUCAUUGCCAUGGGGCUUAUAUAUACUUAUUGUUCAGAGAUCGCCGGAGAAGCCCUGCUUGAACGAUGUCACUGAAGUUGGAACUGUAAGGAAAGUAGGCUUCUCGAUAGUCUUACUGCUUUCUUUGGUCUUGUUGUUACCUCUGUGGGAUGGGCUUGCAGAGGAGCUGGGCAUUGGCUUGAGCAAUCCACUUUUCUGAAGUUUUCAGCUGGUAAAAACUUAUGUAACAUUUUGUCUAAAAAUUUGUCAAUUAAAUUUGAUAUGUUAUUUCUGUACACUAUGUACCAGAAUUACCCUUCUAUAAACGCCUUUUGCACCCCAAUUUGAUCGUAA